GCUGCCACCGCCGCCCCGUCCAUGCCGGCGGACAGCCCUAAACCGCCGGGAGGGCCGCGCUGCCCCCGCUGCCGCUCCUGCCCCGGCUGCCGGCGGGAGGGCACCGGCACCGGCACCGGGCAGAGCCCCGCGGGGCCCGGCAUGGCGCGGCGCGGCCGUUUCCAACGUUUCUUCGGCCGCAGCGAGUCGGACGACUCGGAGACCGAAGGGGCGGCCGCCGCUCCCCCCGCUCCCCGCCGCCGCGCCCCCCCUCCCGCCGCCGCCUCCUCCUCCUCCUCCUCCUCCUCCUCCGCGCCCAAGCGGCGCCCCGCGUUCCCCCACUGGCGCCCGAAGAAGAAGGAGCAGCACCCCCGGGGGGGCGGCGGGGCCGCUCCCGCCUGGACCCCGCCGCCCGCCUCACCCCUCGGCUCCCCGGCCCCGCGGUACUAUGAUAUAUCAGGCAGACGCUAUACUGUUCCAGAAAACCAAAUACCAUCAGUAAUCUGUCCACACUCUUACGUUCUUCCAGCGAUAUCAAUGUCUACUGCCUCAUUACCAGCAGCUCUUGGAAAGUCCACCUCACAAUUUCCAGAUUCUUCCAGAGAAGAGAAUAAAAAGAAACCAGUUUUGGAAAGACUUGGAAAUUUGUUUGGUACAGGAAAAAGGAAAAAUGUCAAAAGUUCACUAGAACACAGUUCGCAUCGGAAAGGGGAGAGGUCAGUUUCUCCUUACAGAGCACAACCAAUAUACUGCAGGCACACAAAGGAAGGACACGAAGCUCCUCAAGUACAGAAGCAAGUGAGGAACAUCAGUGCUGUUUCUGAGACGCAGGAAUAUAAUUUCAGUGGUGAAGUGGGACCACUGUAUCGCGAUACCAUUUCAGAAUGGAGUAGUAGGGGAGUCUCUUCUGACAGUGAGUGGUCAGCAGAUUGGAGCAGCAGCAGUGAAACCAUUAAAAACUCUUUCUUUGAGAGUAGCCUGAAUGUGGAAACCUUGGAACUGGAGAAAGAAUCUGUCACAGAUAUAAAUAAUUCCACGACUCCAGAUUUCAUAAAAAGCUUGAGAAAUUUGUCUAGUGAAGACUUAGAAAAGAGUAUCUUAAGCCACAAGCAGCUUGUGAACACGUGGGUGUCUGAGGAGCCUGGGCAUGCAAAACCAAAGGAUUUGCCAUACGAGUUGGAAUCUGCGGUGAGUGAACACACACAUUCUGCUAGAGUGUUAACAGUUGAUAUCUAUCUAAGAAAAACAGACGAACUCCUUAAUGAACCCGUGACUGUUACGUCAGAAGAAAAUUGUAGUUACUCGGACACAAUGGAUAAAAAAUCUGCUAAUAAAAGAUCUGGAAAAAGGAGAAAAUCUCAGUCGUCUAGUGAUAUUCCAAACGGAGAGAGAAACCAGACUGAAACUACUGCAAGAGAAGAAUCAGGUUUUGAGGAUGAUGUCCCUUCUGAGGUGUUUUCAGACAAGAUAAUAAACUCGGAAAGAAAAGCAAAGUCUCCUCAACAGACUCCUGAAAGGAAUUCCUCUUCCCCAGGUAAUAAUCAGGACCUAAAAGUUGGAUCUGCUCACAAAGGGACAUCCAAAACUGAGGCUGACAAAGGCAAGCAGCAAAUCUCAAAUACAACCCCUGCAAGGAGAAGAUCAUAUAAAAAGAGUCAGUCGGAUGGUGUUCCCGUCUCCCCUACGGGUUUGAAGGGUCAGGUAAAAGAUUACUCCUCGAAAAGGCAACCUACAGCAUCGCCAGAGAGUAACCCAGUGUUAAAAAGAACUUCGGUGGAAAAGGGAACUAUACCUUUGGCUCUUGGGGAAGACAGCUUGGAGUCUCCCAAAGCUUCUUUGGCUGAUAAGACAGAAGACACUGCCUUGGUGUUUGCUGAAGCCAGAAAUGAGACCAAGGCAGUAAAGCAUGGUAAUGGUUCAGAUGGAAGAGCUUUCUUGCGUUCUGAUGGGAUUAAAAGUGGAGACCUGUGCAUUCCAGCUGAGACGCGGACAUAUUCUGAUUUAGACAGCUUAAAGUUGAAGAGUUUGGAUGCUUCCAGAACAGUCAUGACAAAGAUUAGCCUUCCAGCCAAACCGAAGAAUGUAGAGCUGAAUUUUAAAGCAUCUACGAAUCAAGACAGUUUAGAAAGUGAGCAGGAUACUCUUGAAAAACCAGUUAAUAAAACUAACAGCAACAUUGCCAACAAAAUUUCCUUGUUUGAAAAUAAAUGCGCUAACCAGAGCCAGAGGCCUACUGACAUCCCUGCUUCAAAAAAUAGUACUGUACCAAGCACAUUUGUUGGCAGAGCAAAGCUGAAAUUUGGAAAACAACCUAAGGAAAGCGAACAGCCUGAUAAAACGUUAAAUAAGCAAAGCAGUCGCCAGAAGUUGUUUGAGAAUGGCACACCAGAGAAAGAAAGCACUGCAGAAUUGAAAGGCAAAAAUGAAGAAGGCUCUGCCUCUCAUGAGGAUGUUGGGAAGACAACGGAACUUAAAGUAAAAGCUGCAAUAUCUCUUUUUAACCAAAGCAGCAAAACUGAUGCUAGUAGUGUCUCUCUGAAGCAACCCGAUCCAGAAUUAACCACAGCUAAAAAAGAAAGUUCACCUUUGAAACUGCCCUUGCACUCGCCCAGUAAAAGUGAAAAUGCUCAAGAUACUUCCUGCCAAAGAAAUAACACGAGCUCAGAAUUCCACAGAAAUGAAGAAAAGAUGCUGCCAAACACAGAGGUUUUAUCGCCUUGCAAUGAUGACAAAUAUCUUCUACCACCUCAUCAGUUUUCUACAUCAGAAUUCAAGAAUAUGGAAAAUGGGGAUAAAAAGGCAAAACCGGGAGAUUUGAGCUUUGCAGCACCGCAGUUUGAUGACAGCAGUCAAGACAGUAUAUUGAUAUCAGAGCACAGCAGCAAUACACAAAAGAGCCCAGGCAAAACCUGUAAUGGAUCUGCUGAAGACGAUAGCAUUUUUGAUUCCCCAUCCGACAUGAAGAAGUUUGCUGAAACAAUAAAAAACUUGGACAGCUCAGUUUGUUUACCCCAGAAAAAGAAGAGGUCAAAGCUUCCCAAGUCUCCAGCACCCCACUUUGCAAUGCCUCCCAUUCAUGAAGACAACUUAGAGAAAGUAUUUGAUCCUAGUGUGUUUACUUUUGGUUUGGGACUGAGGAGGGAAAAAACACAGGAUCUGUUACCAGCUCAACAAAUUAAAAUGCAAAGCCUGGAAACGAUAGCAAAAGUCAGACCGAAGCGUGCAUCAACAGAGCAAAGUAUCGUAUUCAAAGCCCUGCAAUCAUGUAAUAGAGAGGAACCUGCCUUUACUCAGGAGGUAAAUGGAAAAGAGAACACUGAUGGUACAGAUGGUGAAAUUAAGAGAUCCCGAAUUGAAAAGAGCUCCCUCUUCUCAAGCCUGCUGUCGUCUACAUCUAAAGAGAAGUUUUUUAAUCCUUCUGUCACCUCGGUAAAUAACACCGCAACAGCUUUUGCAAAUGACUCCUCAGGGAUGCCUCCUUUACAGCAGGAUGCUUCUGGGCCAUUCAACAUGCCUCAAAAAUCUGAGUCUCUUUCAGAUAUGAAGUUUCCAAGUUUUGUGGAGAAGUACAUGCAAGCAGAUAGUGCAAAAAAAGAACUAAGUUUACAAAUGCCCAACUAUGGGAAUCCCGAGAAAAGUUUUUCCAGCUGGUUAGGAACAAGCAGAUACGAAUCAAAUGUCCCCACUGGCUUGUUAGAUGUGGAUGCACUUUCAAGAAAUGGACAAAGUAAAAUCAAUCCCAGACCUGGCAAGCUGGUGAUAUACUGUGAAUCAGACUAUCAGAAAAAUGGCAUUGAAGUUUUCCAUGAUGUUCUGGAUUGCAGUUCUUGGGUUCUGUCACCAACAAUUUUAGUUAAAGUCAUCAGAGGAUGCUGGAUACUCUAUGAGAAACCAAAUUUUGAAGGCCCCUCUAUUCCCCUGGAAGAAGGAGAGCUGGAACUCCCAGAUAUUUGGGGUGCAGGUACUUCUGAAGAGCAAAGUGAAUGCAAAUCUCUAAAGCCUGCAGUGAUUGGUUCAAUAAGACAUGUUGUUAAGGAUUACAGGGUUUGCCGAAUUGAUUUGUAUACAGAACCUGAAGGGUUAGGAAUCGUGACUUCCUUUUUUGACGACACUGAAGAAACAGGGGUGUUUGGCACCACUCAGAAGACUUGUUCUAUCAAAGUACACUGGGGCAUAUGGCUGAUUUAUGAAGAACCUGGUUUCCAGGGAGUUCCUUUAAUGUUGGAGCCUGGUGAAUAUCCUAAUUUAGCAUUCUGGGAGAAGAAGGAAGCCUACAUUAGGUCCAUGAGGCCCUUGAAAAUGGGUGGUCGCAAAGUUGAAUUCAGUGGAGAACCAAAGGUAAUCGUUUAUGAGAAGCCUUUCUUUGAAGGGAGACAUGUGGAAAUAGAGUCAGAGGUUUUUAUGCUUGAUGACAAGGAAUCAGAAGAAAAGGCGAGACUUCCAUUUACAUCAGUGGGAUCCAUGAAAGUACUGGGAGGAGUUUGGGUUGCUUAUGAGAAGCCUGGGUUUGAAGGCCAUCAGUACUUGCUGGAAGAAGGAACGUAUCAGGAUUGGACAGACUGGGGUGGCUAUGAUGAAGAAUUGCAGUCACUGCGACCGAUUGUUGGUGAUUUCACAAGCUCCCAUAUGAUAAUGUACAGUGAAAAAGACUUUGGAUCAAAGGGUUCCAAUAUUAAUGUUUUAGGAAUUAUUGCCAAUUUGAAAGACACUGGAUAUGGGCUGAGGACACAGUCUAUAAAUGUGCUAAGUGGCGUGUGGGUGGCUUAUGAGAAUCCUGAGUUUACAGGGGAGCAGUAUAUACUGGCUAAAGGGCUAUAUCCCAGCAUUGAGGCGUGGGGGGGGAAGAAUUGCAAAAUAUCUUCAGUGCAGCCCAUCAUUAUGGAUAUUGUUGGAAGUGAAAGGGGUAAAGUGAAGGUCCAGUUAUUUUCAGAGCCUGAAUUCAAGGGUAACUGCCAAAUAUUUGAAAAAAACACGAGAUGUAUUGAUUCGUUUGCUGUGAAGUCUUCAAAAAUUUUAGAUGGCAGCUGCAUAGUGUAUGACCAGGAAGAAUUUACUGGUAACCAGUACGUGUUAGAAGAAGGAAUCUAUCCUGAUCUGACAGCGAUGGGUUGUUCACCCCAAACAGUUCUAAAAUCUUUACGGAUUAUAAAUAUUGAGCUGUCUGAGCCAUGCAUAGCUCUCUUUGAAAAGGUGGGUUUCCAAGGAAAGAAAAUCGAAUUCAGUACAGAAAUCUUAAAUCUUCAGUUCCUGGGAUACAGUCCUCGAAUAGCUUCAGUUCAAAUCCUUGGCGGCAUAUGGAUAAUUUAUGAGCAUAGUAAUUACAGGGGGCGUCAGAUGUUGUUAGCACCGAAUGACAUUCCAGAUUGGUAUAAAGUGAGUGGUUACUGUCAGAUAGGCUCUCUGAGACCUUUACUGCAGAAACGUGUGUACUUCAGGCUGCGAAACAAGGAAACAGGAAAAUUCAUGUCAGCUGAUGGAAACUUGGACAACCUGAAUCUUCUCCGAAUACAGGUUGCAGAAGAUACAGACUCAGAUGAUCAAAUCUGGGUUUAUCAGGAUGGAUUCAUAAGGUGCCGGAUGGCAGAGGAUUGCUGCUUGACAAUUGUUGGAAAUCUUAUAACUCCUGGCUCUAAACUUGGCCUGUCGUUUGAGCGGAAUGAAGACAAACAAUAUUGGCAUAUUAGUCCCGAUGGCAGGAUUUAUAGCAAGAUGAAACCCAAGCUGGUUUUAGAUAUCAAAGGGGGCGCACAAUAUGAUCGUGACCAUGUUGUCGUCAACACAGUCAACGAAGAAAAGUUAACGCAGUGUUGGGAACCGCUGGUUGUAUAAACCCAAAGAAGCGAAGAGCUGACUUUGGACUGUUCCAGACACUAGAAUUGGCACUGCCGUCUCGGAAGGGCACAGGAUCAACGAUGAGAGUCUUGUCUUUCCUUUGCAAUUUUCAAAAGAACAAGCAACAGAAUGAUUUCACCUCUCUAAGAUUAUUAUCCACAUAAAAGUUUGAGUAUCUCUCAACCUUUUUUUUUUUUUUUUUUUUUUUUAAAACCAUCACAACUCAAUGUGAGCUAGAGAGUGGUAGUAUGCCUUAGGCUAGAGUGGAAGAACUAAAGGCGAGAGAGACCCCAUGGAGUUACCGUCGUGUCACUGAGUAGUUAAUCCCAAACAGCCAAUGGGCAUAAUUUUAAAUUAUUUUUAAAAGAUUUUUUUUUUUUCUUUUUAACUGAGAGAAAGGCUACAAGAUAAUUAAAGCUUCUUUUAUAAAGACAGGAGUGCAGUGUGUAUGUGGGUAUAGCAACUUGAACCUACAGGCUGUAGUACAGAGAAAGACUUACUACUGGAAAUUAAUAUAUUUGUUUCACUGGAGCAAACUUAGAUUCACUGAAAGUUUAAAGACUGCUAGCACACAGCACAUCCAGAGAUUUUUUUUUUAACAUGUGGCUUCAACUAUAGUUAGUAUGCUAAUACAGUAAGUCCUAAAUUAAGAAGAAAAAAUCUAGAUUUUCUCACGUAGAGAUGAUGUAAAUUAGUAGAUGUUUGUUAGAAAAAGAGAGGGCUGGCAAAAGGAUGCAUCGGAAUGUGAAGAACUUGCCCGUUUUCUAGGCUGCCUAACUGUUUGAGUUACGGGUAUUUUACUGCUUUGCCAAGUCAAAUUUUUACCUUUUUAAACCAGUUCCAGUGAACGCAGUCUCCCUGACCUCCAAAAUCCUACCGAGAACGAGAAUUCUUAGGGGGAGGAUCACCAAAGCUGACGGCAGCAGCCGUUUCUCAGCCACCGCCUGUUGACGUUACGGUGGGGUGGGUGGGGGACACCAGACUCCCAGGUUUUUCCCCGAAACGCACCCAGGCGCGAGCACCGACCGUGCCCGUUGAAAGUAGGAAGCGUUGCUGGUUUAGUAAAGAGCUCGUGGCACCCGAGGGAGAACGUGAGGACUGCAGGAGGUUCUUCUGUGGCCCUGCUCUUAACCCGGGUUUGUUAGUUUUCCUUAACCACGCUGGCAAAAAGGUAAAAUACAAAGUCUUGUACUGUGCUGCUGUGUUUUGUUCUGGUUUCGACCAGCGUUAUUACAAGCUGCUCCUAGGAGCAUCCAGGCCUUUGUCUUGCGUAGUAAAUCUGUUUAAUGUUUUCAUCGCUCUUGUACUGCCUCAAAGGAUACCGGUGCUUUUAGCCUUGCCACCCUAGAGGAAGUGCCUUACUAAUUAAUUCUCCUCCUUUUGUACAGACGUACUGAAGUUUUGUCGCUCUGAAACGUGCUGCUUUUAGUUCUUCAUAGAAAACGUGUUGCUGUUGGUUCCGAACAGUGGUACUUUGUCAUACCGAUGUGCUCUUGCUAUAUAUAAUAUAGCAUUUUUCAAAUAAAUUUAAGUUAGGUGACUUUUUAUUGAAAUUAAAGGUAGAAAGCUGA